ACGGUUUUUAAAGACCCCCGCCCUGCAGGCUGCAACUGAAAGUGUAAGCGAGGUCAGAGAAGCAGAGACACGAGGAAUUAACAAGGAAGCCCCGGUGCCGGUGGUCCGGGUCACACACACCACCAACCGCGGAUAUAAUACAAGUAGCAGUCGUAGGAGCAACAAAAGCCUGUGUGUGUUCUCUGAUCGUUCCUCCUCGUCUUGUCUCAUCUCCUGCUCUUUCUCUGUCGCGCAUAGCCUAGCUGGUGUUCGAAGAGGAAGAAGGCGAGGCGUGGUGGUGUCGAUGGGGAGGGCGCCGUGCUGCGACAGGGCGGCGGUGAAGCGUGGGCCGUGGUCGCCGGAGGAGGACGACAAGCUGCGCGACUACAUCCAGCGCCACGGCACCGGCGGCAGCUGGAUCACCUUCCCCAAGAAAGCCGGGCUGAGGAGGUGUGGCAAGAGCUGCAGGCUGCGGUGGCUCAACUACCUCCGCCCGGACAUCCGGCACGGCGGCUUCACCGACGAGGAGGACGCGCUCAUCUUCUCCCUCUACAGCAAGCUCGGCAGCAAGUGGUCGCUGAUCGCGUCGCAGCUGGAGAGGAGGACGGACAACGACGUCAAGAACCACUGGAACACCAAGCUCAAGAAGCGCCUCGCAGCCUUCUCCUCUCCCCCGUCGUCUUCCUCCUCCUUCCUGCCGGCGCCUGCGCCCAUGGCCGUGGCCGUCGCGCACCCGCUCGCCCUGGCCGUGCCGACCGUCAAGGCCGAGACGUACGCCUACGACGACUUCAUGGCGCCGCCGGCCGCGCUCCACGUCUUCGACCACCCGUUCGGCAACGGCGCCGAUCAGCCCGGCUCCACGACGUCCGCCUCCGCAGCGUCGUCCAUGUCCAACUGGUCGUCCGCGGCGGACAACGCGGGGGCCGCCGACGGGUUCUUCGCGGACUUCUGCAACGCCGGCGCGGCGGACCAGUUCCUCGGCGGCUUCUACUACCCUCUCGAUCCCACCUUGUCGCUAGUCUAGCUCUUGCUCCGGUACCACAAUCUCUGCUCCGACUGUAAUGGCACGGCGCAUGUUCUUUGUGAUCCAUCGAUCAAAGACCUGUGUCCAGUCCGUCCGAAUUACUCUUCAUUCGAUGUGUCGUGUCUCCAUGACAAAGUUCAGAUACAGAAUCCAAUUGAUCCAUUGGAAAUUUUAAGUGCUUUCCUUAUGUUUUAAA